UAUUGUGCCUCACUGUUAAAAGGUGCAAAAUGGCAGCAAAAAAAAAGAAAGUUUUCCGAAGAUUACGUUAAGUUUGGAUUUACCUUCAUAGAAAAGACGAGUUACAAUUGCCUCAGUGUGUGAUAUGUAUGAAAGUUUCAAGUAAUGAUAGCAUAAGGCCCGAUCGCCUUGAAAGGCAUUUAAAGCAACAACAUCCUGCUCUAGUUUUGAAGACGAAAGAGUUUUCUCUUCUAAAGAUGAAUCACUCAAGCGGAUGAGACUGGAUACAUUGGGAAGUUAUCAUACAGGUGUAUCGCAGCUUCUCAAAGCUUCAUUUGAAAUAGCUUUCAUGAUAGCAAAGCAAAAGAAACCUCAUUCUAUCGGUGAAGAAUUAAUAAAACCAUGUGUCCUAAAAACCACGCAGAUAAUUUUAGGAAAAGAUGCAGAGCAAAAAAUGAAGUCUAUUUCUCUUUCGAAUAACACAUUCAAGCGUAGAAUCGAUGACAUUGCAGCAGACAUAAGGUCACAAAUAAUUAACAAAGUAAAAUUAUCGCCAUUUUGUGCCAUUAGUUGCGAUGAAUCCUCCGACAUCGUUAAUUGUGCUCAGUUAGUAGUUUAUGUUCGUUACAUCGACGGAGAUAUCAUUCAAGAAGAGAAUUUGUACUCCCAAUCUUUGACAGCAGGUACUACAUCUGAAGAUAUAUCGAAUUUUGUUGAAAAAAAUGAUUUGGAAUGGAAGAAACUCAUUGGACUUUGCACAGAUGGCGCACCUUCAAUGAUAGGUGUACAAUCGGGCUUAGCUAAAAAGCUCAAGGAAAAAAAACCCGCAAUGGUUAGUACACAUUGUGUUUGUUAUUCAUCGGCACGCUUUGGCUUCCAAAACAUUGUCACAGAAAUUACGCCAGACUUUGGACUCGGCUAUAAGAAUUGUAAAUUACAUCAAGAGCAGCGCUUUGAACACUCAGUUAUUUACUUUACUUUGCGAGGAUCUCGAUUCUGAUCACAAAGUUUUUCUGUUCCAUACAGAAGUACGCUGGCUGUCUAAAGGCAACAUGUUGGCUGGCCUUUAUGAAUUGAAGGAAGAGGUAAUUCUUUUUCGUGAGUUCAAAGAAAAACACGAAUUCUUGACAAUGUUCAAAGAUGACAGAUCAGUGGAGGUUGGCUUAUUUAACUGACAUAUUUUUACUCCUUGAAUGUGCUAAACCUGAAACUUCAUGGCAGAAACAACACUAUAAUAAACAAUUAUGAUUAUAGUCAGGGGUUCAUAUCAAAGCUUUAACUUUGGAAUCAAAAAGUGUCUUCUGAAAAUGUUAUCUCUUCUUCUCGGCUGUUUGAAGCAAUUAAAAAUAACAUACUGGACGCAAAUUUAAAAGCUGACAUAAAAACUCAUUUGCAAGCGCUGGAAGACAAAUUUCGCCCAUACCAUCGAGACAUCAAUUCAGAGUCA